UGGUUAAAUGUAAGAAAACGGGACAAAAAACUACUUUACGUCAGCAAUAAUCGGACUAAAAGCAGAAAAUUAAUCAAAAAAGAAUAUUUAAAUUUAUAGUGUUAUGUGAUUACAAAGUAGCGGUUUUUUAAAUAAACAAAAUGAAAAGAAAAUAUUAAAUAAAAGACGUUUUAAAAUUUAUCUAUUCUAAAAAUAUUUCAAUACUAUAAGCAAAGGCAGAAAAUAUCUAGUAUUAAUUGUUCUUUACUGCUGCCUCCCAUUAUAGACGUUAACCACUCAAAGUGUAGGGAACAAACGUGUUACGUGUCUCCCUAUUAAAUAAGAAAAAAACUAAAGAAGUUAAAGGAAAAUUUUAAAUAUAAACCACUCGAUUAUUACUUUACUGUGAUAAUUCCUCUCUAAAGAAGUAAAACAGAGUUAUUAAUCAUCAUACAGCCGUAAGAUGUCACAGAAUCAAUCAUAUUUUUGGCAGACCACAAGACACAAUGUCUAUUUGAAACGCUCGGCUAAAUUGCACAUGUUAUUGGCAUUGAUGGCCGUUUUGACGUUCUCUACAAUAUGUUUGGCAGAGAUAGAACCAAAAUAUAGUGAUGAAACGGCUCAGGCAAUGGGAAUGCAAACAAAAUCCGCCCUUGACGACGCAAUCUUAGUUAAAGACGAACAAUUCGAUGUGGCCAAUGAUUUAGCAAACGCAGAUACAACAAAAGAUACCCAAGCAAACUCCGGCUUUUUGGACGCAUUUACUGCGUCCAUCUCUGUAAUUUUAUUUACAGAGUUAGGUGAUAAGACAUUUUUCAUAGCAGCCAUUAUGGCCAUGCGCCAUCCACGCUUAGUGGUCUUUACCGGUGCCAUAACAGCCUUGGCCCUGAUGACCGUACUCUCGGUGGUGUUUGGCAUGGCUGCUACAAUUAUUCCUAAGGUCUAUACAUAUUACAUUUCAACGGCGUUGUUUGCCAUUUUCGGUUUAAAAAUGAUCUACGAAGGUUAUUUCAUGAAGGCCACCGAUGCUCAAGAGGAAUUGGAAGAAGUACAAUCGGAUUUGCGUAAACGUGAAGAUGAGCUCUUCCGCUCGAAACGUGGUGGCGAUAUUGAGGCCAAACGUAAAAAUAGUAAUUCGGAUAAGGAGGAUGCAGAUUUAGAAUGCGGCGCUGGCGCCUCAACUGCUACUCCACCAGCUCUGGCCACUGCCAAGAAUCCGGAAAUGCAGCAUCGCCAACGCAAACAACUCUCAUCUGCUCAUAACAACACUAAUGGCUGUGAAUUGAACAAGGACAAAGAUGACGAAGUAACUGCUGUCUUGGCUGACUCCUCUGCUAAUAGCGAUACGGAUGACUUUCUCACUGGUGAGGAGGCCCUCAAACUGUCAACCUUCCAUAGCAGUCCAGCUCUAUCGGCGUCCGCCUUAUCGAAUCAAACGAAUCAAACAAAUUGUGAUGAUGAUACUUCUAGUAAUCAUAAGCUUAGAUAUAAUAAUAGUAUUAACAACAACAACAACAAUAACAAUAAUGCCAGCAAUGGUGGUACGCCUUCAAGAAAACCUAAUCACAACGACUCUAAUGGCAGAGUCUUGGUGCAUUCUGCUUCCGCUACUGCUAACUUUAAUAAGCAGCGCUCCUUGAAUAAACAAACGAAUGGCAAUGUUUUGACCACCAGCGGUAGUGUCCAUAGUAUCAAUAGUAUAACUAGCUUGGGCCUCAACUCGGCAACUGGUGUUGCUGCUGGUCAGUCCAAUGGCGAGUUGAAACAAGUUGGCGGCAACAAAAAACGGCUGGAACGUGAUGUUACCUCCACCUUGAUCCAAGAUCCUGAAAGCGGUGUUGUACGUAAAAAUACCAAAAAAGGUGCAGCUUAUUUAACUACACGGGUUUUAAUGCAGGCUUUUACAAUGACUUUCUUAGCCGAAUGGGGUGAUCGCUCACAAUUGACCACCAUUAUUUUGGCUGCUAGCAAGAACGCCUAUGGUGUUACUGCUGGCGGUGUUAUUGGUCAUUCCAUUUGUACUGGUUUGGCUGUGAUUGGUGGCCGCAUGGUGGCUGCCAAAAUUUCUGUACGUACUGUUACCAUUGUCGGCGGCAUAGUGUUCCUAGGUUUUGCUCUUUAUGCCUUAAUAGUACGUCCCGAUGAUAUUUAAACCUAUAGCGAUCCGUUUCCCGCUGAUGUAUUUGACGACCAUUAAAAUCCAAAGUCUUUAUUUACCUGCAGCAUUGUAAACGUUAAAAAUUAAGCUACAACACUGAUACGAUUUAUAUUUAUAGAUAUUUUUUGUUUUUUUUUUUUUUUUAUUAUUAUUAUUUCAUUGUAGUAUUUUAUGUGUGUAUAACGUGAAAUUAAGAAAAGUAAUUUAAAAAAUGUUAAAUUAUUUAAAUUGCAAAUGAAGUGAAAAGAAAACAAAAAAUGUAGUCUUUAAGAAAUAUGUAUAUGAAAAGAAAAUAUGAAUGUUUUUAU